AUGUAUACUGCGAAGUAUCCUCUACAAAGUGGGAAACUAUUUUACUUUUCAAUAACAACAAUAAUGAAAUUUCGAUUUAAGGAAGAAACACCAGCUGAACAACGUCGGUUAGAAGCUGAGAAAAUUCGAGCAAAAUAUCCUGAACGUAUACCGGUGGUAGUUGAACGUGUUCCAAAAUCACAAAUACCCGAAAUAGACAAACGAAAGUUUUUGGUGCCAAAUGAUAUAACAAUGGCUCAAUUUAUGUGGAUAAUACGAAAGCGUAUUCUAUUAGCACCUGAGAAAGCAAUAUUCUUAUUUGUUGAUAAAACAAUUCCCCAAUCAAGCCAAAUAUGUAAUAGAAUUUAUCGUAUGCAUUCAACUGGAGAUAUCUCUGGAUUUCCGUUCAUAGCUACAUUGGUCAAUUGUACAUUAUGGUUGUUGUACGGUUAUUCAUCAAGCAAUUCGGCAAUAUUGCUAGUAAAUUCUAUUGGCGCCUUUCUUCAAACCUUAUACAUUUUAUUUUAUGUUCGUUAUACACAAGAUCGAAAAGAUGUGGUUCAAAAACAAAGUACUGACUCAUUAUCAUUUCCCCUUUGUUUUGCAAAUUUUGUUGUUGCAACUGAAUGGUUUUUAUACGGUUUAUUGAUCAAUGAUAAAUUUGUUCAGGUGCCAAAUUUUCUUGGUGCUAUUCUUGGACUUAUUCAAAUGACAGAUUUAUGUCAAUUGUUUGAUAAUGCAAAGAAAUUUGCACUUAAUGUUAAAAAUGAAACAAAAUUAGUCGAAGAAAAUGAUGAAAAAACGGAUGAAGUGGUAAAAAAACCACAUGAAGAUCCAAUGAUAGCGAACAAACGAACAAUAUUUGUUGGAAAUGUGCCUAUUAGUUGUAAUCAAAAGGAUCUUAAAAAAUUGUUUUCCAGUUAUGGUAAAAUCGAAUCUGUACGAUUAAGAAAUAUCGUACCAUCCGAACCAAAAAUCUCAAAGCGUGUUUCAUUUAUUAGAAAACAAUUUCAUCCGUCACAAAAAUCAUUAACAGCAUUUAUUCGAUUUAGUCAUGAUAUAGAAGCACAACAAGCAACCGAACUAAAUGGACAGUUAUUUAAAACUCAUCAUUUACGAGUCGAUUUGGCAUCGGAUAAAAAAGAUGAUGAUAGUACGAAAAAGCACGAUAAUAAACGGAGUAUAUUUAUUGGUUCACUUCCAUUUGAUGUAAAUGAUGAUGAUGUGUGGUCAACAUUUGAAAAUUGUGGAGAUAUUGAAUCAGUUCGUAUUAUACGUGAUAAACAAACUCAAAUUGGAAAAGGAUUUGGUUAUGUUUUGUUCAAAGAUCAAGCAGCUGUGGGAUUAGCACUAAAAAUGAAAGAUUGUAAGAUUGGAGAACGAGAAAUUAGAAUCAAAGCAGCAGUUAAAAAGCCUAAAGUUGUUACUACAAAUCAUUAUUUACCGAAUAAAAAUAAUCGAUUUAAAAGAAUCAAUCAAAAUGAUGAUGACGAAGCGUUUGAACGAAAUAAUACAUCACAAGAUAAAUUAGCAAAUAAUACUAGAAUAAAGUUAUCUAAAAAGAAAAAGUUUGCCAUUAGUAAUGUAAAACAAGGACGUGUGGAAAAAAAAUCAAAAAAAUCAAAAGAUAUGAAUGAUAAAAAGAGAAAAAAGCCAAAGAAAAAAAAUUUGUCGAUCAAAACAAGUUUAGAAAAAGGAGUUAUUCAUAUGAGAAAAAAGAGUUAA